AUGACGAAAAUAAUCCGCUUCGCCUGCAAUGUCCUGCCAGUCUUCGCCCUCAUAGGGAAAAUCAGCGCAAAGCAUGAUGAAUCAGGUCUAUUUGAACCAUUUCCCGACUGGCGCAUCGAGUAUAGAUCGUUGUUACAUCCCCCUCUAGGCGAAACCCCCGCUAUCUGGCUGGCAGCACAAAGUCUCUUGGUCGAGUUGAUGGGUGCAUUCGAAACCAAAGACUAUGGGCUUUGGCCUGAUAUGACUCCCGUCGGCAAGUUGCCAGGAGAAGGCGCCGGCGGGUACCUGGCUGCCCUCUUGCUCCCUGAGGAUGACGUCAGAUUUUUCUACAGCCACCGACAAAACAGCUCCUUAAGCUACCCAGCUCGUGUCUGUGUAGAUAUCCUGGAGACCUCGAUGAAGAUGAAAAAGGUUCCUCAGACGAGUGAUGCGCUCGCCUUCGGCUCAAGCUACAUCUUCGGAAAUGGUUUCGUUACCGGAUUUUCAAAAUCCGUCUGCAAGGUUUUGAAUCCUGAUAUGGUUAAGACCAUGAGGAAGAAGGCGAAGAAGAAGUCGAAGAAGAAGACUAAGAUCGAUCAUCAAAAUCUCAAUGCUGCACUCAAUGCUGGAUUCAAUAAGCUUACCAACGCGCUUUUUCUUGGCUUGGGUACUGAUGUAACUGACACAGCCCUAUUCGUAUCUCAAUUGGAAACACGCCUCCGAUACAUCGACCGCUCCCAAAACCUGGAAAGAACUUAUGGGCGUCUCUUGAGCGACUUUACGUCUCAACAAACGCAGUUUACCUCGAUUGCAGCUCACCAGCCUAACGCGUCGAAAUCACUCAGGGAAUUCAACAAGCUGAGCUGCAAUGCUUUGUCACGACUGCCGCACAGAGACAUGAAAAUCAACCUCGCACAAUGGCACGAGACCGAGAAUGCGACCGCUAUGGUCGGAAUGUUUGCCGAGAUGUCGAUUAAGUCCCUGGAGCUUGCAACGCCUAUCGGUGGUAGUAUUCAAGUAGUUGCACAAAGCGCGAUAAUGACCAUGACAAAUGUGCUUCAAAAGUUUGGAACGGUACCAUACAGUUUCCUGAAUGGGAGAUCCUUUGAGAACUCAGAGCCAAGGGUUCAGUUGAUGAAGAGGAAGAAGGAUGUACCUGUGACCAUAUACGAGUCGACAAGUUUACUGCCUCCUGUGUCCUCUACCAGCUCUUAUUCUGAGCCUCAGAUAGCAUCACACCCAAGUACCAAGAUCGAAAACACCACAUUGGAAACCGCCAUUGCCAAUUCCUCAGCCUCUCAACCAUCUCGCACAGCCACUGCAACCCCUCAAGACGAGAAACUGAAACCUACAACCACUGUUCCCACCACCUUCGCGAAGCGACCACCCUUCUUCCUCAAUUUCUGGCAGUCCCACCCUAUCCUCGACAAAGACUUUACCCCCACCAUUAUCGCUACGCGGUCUCCACCCGGCGAAGUCAUGCCCACACCCUUCGAUGCCGCACGGGUUGUCCCAGGCAUGCGGCGUCCCGGUGUCAUCACCGAUAAAAGCAUACCAAUGCUAACCGCAGUGCCUACCAUCUUGAGAAGCACGCCGACGAUGGAAAUCGUGGCGAAGAUUGAGACGGCGACGGUGACGACGACGGGUCCUCGCCUUAUCCGCGACAUGCUUCAUUGCCUAAUUGUAUAA